UUUUGCCUUUCUCUGCUUUCGAUAACCCACCGAUAAACAUUACCUGCUUUACUUUUCUUUCACCACCAAUACCUUUCUCUAUCCUUCACCUGUUUCCAACAAUCCUUUUCUGGCCAUGAUGGUUCUUCAACAUUCCAACAACCCUGAUUUGCUUGAUACUAGCCUUGCUCCUAGAAUACAAAAUAAAAUGAACAAGAAACUUAACAAUUAUAGAAGGUCUGCUAAUCCCAACAAGCUUAGUGAUUUUUCCAGACCUGUUGAGAAAUCUAGCAGUGAUGUGAGCAACACCAAAUCAAACAAUAGGCCGGUAAAUAAUAUCAGCUGCAACAGCAUUAAAAACAACAACAGCAACAACAACAACAAUAAGAAUAAUAAUAAUAAUAACACCAGUCAAACAACGACAACAACAACAAUUUCAAAUAACAGAAGAUCCAACCAUGUCAGAACAAAAUCAAAUUCUUCCAAUCAGAAUUACAGCUAUAAAUCAAAAUCAAAAUCUUCUCCUGUUGGAAACAAAGUAAAUUUGAAACCCUCAAGACAAACAAAGUCUUCCAACUUUUGUAUAAAUCACGAUAACUCAUCAAGUAACCUAUCCUCUUUGAAUAGAACCUCCAAAUCCCUUAAUCCUGAUAAAAAAACAAUUCAUCCCUCUAGCAGUGACAAUAAUAACAAAACAAACAAUAUUAAUGACAACAGCAGUAGUGUUACCUCCAGCUCAACCACAUAUGCCGGCUCUUCUUUUAAUAACUCUCCGAUGCCGCAAUCUCUACCAUUGCCAACUUUUUCUAAGAAAAAAUCAAACACUACCAGUAUCACUGCCAUAGUCAAUUCAAGUCCAGUUUCCAAGUCCACCCUAAAUGUAAUAAAUCGUCAACAACUUCAAGGAAAAAAGAUAUCCUUCAAUGAAUUGUUGAAUAGCGCAUCUGAAAAUGCUCAGCCUAAGAGUGUCCAACCUAUAAAUUCAAACCAUCCAUAUCUUUCAUCAAGUUCCUAUCCUUAUAAUUCCCAGUAUAAUUUAUCAAAUCCGACUUUAAUUCCCAAUGCUUACUAUCCUAAUCCUUAUCCCAACAUUAACUUCCAAAAUGCUUUUCAUUUCAAUUCUAAUCAACCCUCUUCUCCCUCCCCCUCUCACUCACAAUCCCAACCUCACCUACAACACCAACUUCAUUAUCCAAAUCCUCCUCAUCCUCAGCACAUGUAUCACUCUUUCAGCUAUUCUAAUCAAAUGGGAAAUCCGUCUCAAUAUAUGAUCUCUUCAAGCGUUAAUUCUGACUCUAAUGCUCGUCCCAAUUCCAAUUCCAAUUCCAAUUCCAAUUCCAAUUCCAACUCUCAACCUCAAUCAGCUCCUAAUUCCCAUUCUCAUUCUUACUCCCGUUCUCUCCAAAUUCCUCAACCUCAAACAGCCCCAAAUUCUGAUGCAGAAAAUGAACUUAGAAGAGCUUUGAAGUUAUUUUGAUAUCAAGUUAUUGUUUAAUACGUAUGAUUUGAUCUUAUUUACUUUACUUCUUAAAUGGUUUUUUUUAAAUUUUAAUAAUCAUAUUCUUUAAGUUUUUAUACUUCAAUUUAAUUUAUAUUUUUUG